AUGGAAUCCGGCCGCAUCCCCAACAGACGAGCCGGGCAGCAGCCCAAGGCGCCGAAGAUCCGCCUGUCCUGCGACAGCUGCCAGGCAUCCAAGAUCCGCUGCGGCCAGGAACGACCCGCGUGCCGCCGGUGCGUCAAGUACAACAUCGACUGCGUCUACAGCCCGUCCCGCCGCGCUGGACGCCCCCGACCCCGCAAGACGACGCCCGCCGAGCAGCCUGCGCAGACCCAUGCCUCCUCGACGACGGCAGCCCUCCCGCAGACGGCGUUGCCAACCCCCAACACGGCGCCGUCCCCUCCCCGCAAAGACUCCGCACUCCCCGGCGACGUCGACUACGACACGAUCGUAGUGGCGGCGGCUCCGCCCGCCUUGGCCGCCGCCUCGUCACCUUCCGCUCCUCCCGUGCCGUCCACCUGCGCCGCAGCCGCGAGGUCCGGCUUUUCUCCCAUAUCCGGCCCCUGCGCCGGCGCCUCGCCCUCGCCGCAGCCCAACUCGACAAUGACCAUGUCCGGCUUUCUGGAGAAGGAACAGCAGCAGCAGCAGCAACAACAACAACAACAACAACAACAACAACAACAACCUUCACCGUCGACGGGCCACGAUGACGACGAAUCAGAGCCACCGCAGCAGCAGCAGCAGCAAUGCCACGACGUCGACCCCUUCUCAAGCAUGGUCGACGUCCACUUCGGGGCGGCGGACGACGACGCCUUCUCCGCCAUGUUGUUCCCCGACGACUUCGCCAGCCACCAGCCCGCAUCAUCGGCGGCCGGGCUGCACCACGUCGACCACUCGGCAUUGACGUUUGACUUUAUGCUCAGCCCCAUGCAACAAGACUGCGGCAACAACUUCCCCGGCGGCGGCGGCGGCGGCGGCGGCGGCGGCGGCGGCAGCGGUGGUUACCUACGCGGAUGCGUGGACGACUCGAACUCGUCGUCGUUGUCGUUAUCGUCGUCAUCGUCAUCAUCAUCCUCGUCGUCGUCGUCGUCGACUGCCGAGAGCAGCAGCAGCAGCAGCCUCGACCAGGCGAUGCACGACGUCGACGUCGACGUCGACAUGGGCGGGGAGUGCCUCUGCGCGGCGACGCUGCUGCAGCAGCUGGCCGAGUCGCGGCCGACGACGUCGCGCUGCAGCGGCCCGGGCGGCAGCAACAGCGCGUUCCUGGCGACGGCGGUGCAAAAGUCCAAGGUGCUGCUCGACCACUGCUUCCGGGUGCUGUGCUGCGGGCAGUGCGGGCGGCGGCUGUCGUCGGCGCUGAUGGUGUGCCAGGCCAUGGACGAGGUGUCGAUGGCGCUGGGCAUGGGCACGCUGUGGGCCACGGCCGCCGCCGCCAACAACAACGGGGCGGAUGGGGCGGCCAUGAACGGGGCCAACGGGGCGGCGGGCGGGGCGGCGACGCGUGGCGAAGGCUUGUCCUCCCUCAUCAUGGGCGGCGGGCUGGCGCACGACGAGGAGGCGCCGUUGCGGUGCGGCACGUACUCGGUGAGGGGCGCGGACCGGAGGGUGGUGCUGCGCGCCCUCAUCAUGAAGCGGCUGGCCGAGAUGCAGAGCGCGAUGGGCAAGCUGCAGCAGGUGGUGGUGCUGCCGCCCUCGGGCGCGGCGGCGAACGCGGCGUGUCAGAGCACCUGCGCCGGCAUGGUGUCGGAGCUGAGGGGGAAGGUGACGUCGAGGAUCGAUUUGUUCAAGGUGUUACUAUAG